AUGGGCGGAGCCUCGUCAAAGCCCGUUCGUCAGUUCCCAAAGACACUCAAGCCACCGCCGACAUGGGCUGGCGCAAGGACACCGCGUCCGGACGACCCGGGCGCAUCGGCGGGUCCCAGUAGAUCUGCACCACCGCGCGCGAGCGAGACGAAGGAUGAAGCCAUUGACCGGGACGCGAGAGACCCUCAGUUCGCGGCGAUGUUGAGCAAGCUGGGGCCGGUCAAGGUCGACCACCACAUGCAGACGGUCAGGCCGGCAGCAGAUCAGGUGCAACGCGUCUUCCAAGCCCGGCAGCGGUCUGAAGAGGACGCGCGCUCGCUGACGCCUACGCGGAACCGGAUGCUCGCGGGCACGCUCUACGAGCUCCUCGAGGAGCGCAAGUCUGUCACGACGCGGGAGGAACUCGAGAAGCUCGCCGUUCGCUAUGAGAUUGAUGUGGACAGGCUGGAGAACGUUGCGCGGUUUGUAAACAGCCCGAGCGUGGAUGAGGGUUCGGUGAGGAGAGAGGUAGAUAAAGAUGGUGUUGAGCAGACAAAGAUGAAGGCGUCGUGGGUAGAGCCCCAGUUACGACCAUCUCGGCCUCAUGUGCCAACCGGAUAG